AGUUGUUGUCUUAUAACGGGCAUGUUUAUAUUUUUUCAUUAAUUAGUGAACAAAAUUUUCAAAAAUGAGUGAGUGUAGAGUGUAGCUUGUCAGUAGUGUUUUCGUUUUAUUAUAAAAAUGGCAGAAAUUAAUAAAACUAAAUAUUAUAGUGACCAUGAAGUAUCCUCUUUAUACAAUAAUACUGAAAAGCUCGAUGAGGAAAAGAAUGUGGAUGGAUCUUAUUAUUUAACAUCGGAUAGAAUUUCAAGUUCCCAAAAGUACUCCGAAUCGUCUCUUGAUAAAGCUCUUAAAAAAAUAAUCAACGGAAAAAGGAAAGACAAACAAUCAUCUAUAGUUGAAAAGAAAUUAAAAUUAAAAAUUUAUACAAAACCGUCGUACUUAACAAAAAAGCAUAUACAGUCAUGGGUAAAUACGGGCUAUUUACCAUUUCAAACAAUUUCGAAUAAUGCUGAAGUUGUUGAUACAGAUUCAUUAAAUGAGAAACAAUCUUAUUAUAAUACCUGCAAUCAAGUUACUGAUACUGUAUAUAAACAAGGACUUGUUGAUAUGGACGGAUCUGACACUAUAAAGUUAUACGACAAUAAUAGUUUUAACUGCAGUUCAGUAGACACUACUGCAUAUAUUUUAUCUAAUAGUAAGACUAAAAAGAAAAAUGAAUCUAUGGCUACCGUUGUAAAUAACAAAUCUCCUAAUAAAAUUUUAUCCAAAAAUACUUUGCAUCAAAAUACAUCAUUAGAAAAAGAUGAGACACAAAAUGUAUCUAUGUCAAAUGCAUGCGACUCUAAUACAAAGCAUACUCAAAAUAAAACUAAGGAAAAUGAUAAUAACAUUGAAAAUGAUACCAUAUUAAAUGAAACAAUAAAUAUGGAAAAUUCCUUCAGUUUAAGACCUUCUAAACACAAGAAAUUAUACACUGGCAGAGAUUCUCCUAUGGAUAUUGUAGUGACACAAUUUAAGAAUACGAAUAUUCUUGAUGCGAAGAAGAAUUUACAUCCUGCUUUUAGAAGCAGUCCACCACCGGAAAAGUCGUCGAAAAAGUCAUCACAGAAAAGGAAAAAAAGGAGUUUUGCUAAAAAUGAUUUUAUUAAAAAAUCUCUAGACAAUAAGACAACUAACAAUCUAGAAGAAGAGACUUGUAACACAAAAAAAGAAACGGAUUUUAUAGAUUUUGUAGAUAAUUUAACGAUCUUUCAAUAUUCAAUGCCAAGUGAAAGAAUGCAAUUAUCAUGUAAAGCUUUGGUAGAACAAAUAAAACGUUUCCCAACUUUGGACUAUAUUAAGGACGUUAAUAAUAUAAAACGAUGUCCUAAAAAAAGAAAAUCUGAAACGAAGAAAGCAUUUAGCAAGGAAACAUCUACUGACUCUACUACUGACGAUAUCAGUAAGGAUUCUCAGCAAAUAUUACAGAGUGAGCUUAAUCCUUGUGUUAUUUUGGAACGUUUGCCGGAGGAGGUUAUCCAAUGUUACACAAAGAAGAAAACGUUACAAACCCCGAAAGAAAAAUUAAUGGAAAGCAACAAGAUUAAUGAUGAGGAUAUGUGUAACGACAGCAAUCUUGAAACAUGUCUUAAUACCACCAAUUCAAUAUUAAAUUGUACAAUUGUUAGUAAGGAUUCGAUUGAUAGCGGAGCUAGUACUAUCCUUUAUAAUAAUAAUAAUGUAUCGGUAUCUGACAAUUUUAAUGAAAGUGAUUGUUCAACUGUUAUUUUAUGUCCUGUUCAUUCAUCAAAUCCUGAUAACGUAAAUAAUAAAUCGGAUAAAGAUUUAGAACAGAAUCAAUCUGAUAGAAAUGAAAAACAAAAUCAAUCGAAUGAAGUUACAGAAGAAAAUCAAUUGGAUAAAGAUUUAGAACAAAAUCAAUUAAAUAAAGUUACAGAUAAAACUUCAAAUAAUUGUUUAGGUACAAAUUUAGAUACAGAUUUAGAUAAAGAAUUGGAUAAAGAUUUAAAUAAAAAUAUAAAUGACGAAAAAGUGAAAUGCUUGAAACCUGUGGUAGCUAUCAAACGAUUGAACAUACAGAGUAGAGAAAACAAUUCAAAUGAUAUAAAAAUAAAAACAUCAAUUAGAUCUAUCAAUAAAAGAAGAAAACAUAUAUCGAGAAAAUUACGUAGCUACUAUUCUCAGUUGCAAAAAGAAGAACGUACGACAAUAUCAAACAAUAUUUCAAAUAAUACAUCACCAAUUGUGAUGUUUAAAAACUCAAGAGAUCUAAAAAGUUUGAAAAAGGAUCAUACGCUUUCCAGCAAGGAAAAGUUGAAUAAAUUGAUAAGUUCAGAUAGUAAAUUGUCAAUUAGACCGAUUGUAAAGUUGAAACGAUUGUUACCGAAGAAUAAUGUUAAAAGUUUGCAUAAAAGUAAUAAUAAAAGAUAUCAAGAUUCAAGUAAGAAUGAUAAAGUUCAAAUAAAAAAGAAAAAAUCUAGAGAUAAUUUAGGAGAAAAUAAUAAUCUAUCUGUAGAUAGUUCAAACUCGAUGAGAAAUGAGUCCUCCCUUGGUCAAAAAAUAAGAUCUACAAGAACAAAAAGAUUACCAAUUUUUUACACUACUAAUAAUGAUUCUACCCAUCAUUACGAUUCAGAUUCAAAUUCAGAGUCAAAUUCAGAUUCAGAAUUGAAUACGAGUCAACCAUUUAUGGAAUGCAUUUUACAUUUUUACAAAAAUAAUAAAAAGCAGCGCGAAAGAAAAAAUACGAAAUUACUUAACGAUAAUAAUGAUAUGGUGAAAUCGAUUAAUCAACUCAUGUUAUCUAACUAUACCGAUAAGAAUUCUUCUGUACAAACUAGAUCUCAUUCUAAUAAGAAUCUCUCUAUUAUACAUAAUGUAAAUACAUUGUUAAGUAAUGCCAGAAUGAAUGAAAUUGAAGUUAAUAUGACAUGUUCUUCUGGCAAUAAACAAUGUAAUACAACGUUAAAAAGAGUAGCGAGAAAAACUUCAAGUUUCAAGAAGGAAAAUAAGAAAAGAUCAAUUGUUAAUAAAAAGAAUAAAUCUCGGAAGAAAAUUUUCUGUACUCAAGUUUAUGAAACGGAAUCAGAUUCAAGUAGGAGCGAAUAAAAAUAAUUUCUUACAUUAAUAUGUUUAAUAAUAUUGUUAUAUAUGUAAUUAUA